CUCUUUAAUCGAAGCAAAAGAACUCAGCUGAGGCAGAUCCAGCUUGUUGCGCACCGUUGUAGGAAACCCUUCGUCAUGGAGCAGCUAAGCACAGCCAUCAACCAGUUUGCCAUAGACCUGUUCCUUGCCUUGAGCGCAGACAACCUGUCCGGGAACAUCUUCUUCUCCUUCAGCAUUUCCUCAGCCCUGGCCAUGACCUUUCUGGGGGCCAGAGGCAACACCGCGGCCCAGCUCUCAAAUACUUUACAUUUUGAUACAGUGGAGGAUAUCCAUUCAAGAUUUCAGAGCCUGAAUGCUGAUAUCAACAAAUGGGGAGCCUCUUAUAUUCUGAAACUUGCUAAUCGAUUAUAUGGCGAGAAAACGUAUAAUUUCCUGCCUGAGUUCUUGGCUUCAACUCAGAAAAUGUAUGGGGCUGACUUGGCUAGCGUGGAUUUUCAGCAUGACUCUGAAAAUGCAAGGAAGGAAAUAAACCAGUGGGUCAAAGGGCAGACAGAAGGGAAAAUUCCAGAACUGUUGGCCUCAGGUGUGGUUGACAGCAUGAGUAAACUUGUGCUGGUGAAUGCCAUCUAUUUCAAAGGAAACUGGGAGGAGCAAUUCUUGAAAGAGGCCACAACCGAUACACCAUUCAGGUUGAAUAAGAAAGACACAAAAAUAGUGAAAAUGAUGUAUCAGAAGAAUAAAUUUCCAUAUGGCUACAUCGAGGAACUUAAGUGCCGUGUGUUAGAACUGCCUUAUGAGGGCAAGGAGCUCAGUAUGGUUAUUCUGUUGCCAGAUGACACUGAAGACGAUUCCAUGAGUCUGAAAAAGAUUGAGAAACAACUGACUGUGGAAAAAUUGAAAGAAUGGACCAAACCUGAGAAUCUGGAUGUAGUUGACAUCAAUGUCUACUUGCCCAAGUUCAAGCUGGAAGAGAGCUACAACCUCAACUCCCCCCUGGCCCGCCAGGAUCUCUUUAAUAGCAAGGCUGAUCUUUCUGGCAUGUCAGGAUCCAGAGAUAUUAUUAUGUCAAAAAUUGUCCACAAGUCCUUUGUGGAAGUGACGGAAGAGGGCACAGAGGCAGCAGCCGCCACGGCGGGCAUUGCCACCUUCUGUAUGUUGGUGCAGGAGGAAACUUUCUGUGCCGACCAUCCCUUCCUUUUCUAUAUUUGGAAAAAAUCCGUAGAUGACAUACUCUUCAUAGGCAAAUUUGCUUCUCCUUAGAGACUGUGGAAAUACAGGCUCAAGCCUAGAGCUUUAUUACCUGAGUUUUUAAUGGCCCAAAUUUUGUAUUUUUAACAAUAAAAAUACUAUCUGCAAACAAACAAACAAACAACAAAAAAAAAGAAAGCUGACAGUAU